CACCCAGUGACGCUCCGAUCACACUCAGCACCCAGGGAGGACGAGCAGCGGCCUGACGUCUACAGUUUUCCAAAAUGGAAUUCAGACAUUUAGUGGAUUUGGAGGAGCCUUGCCCAGUCUGUGGAGACAAAGUCUCUGGAUACCACUACGGCCUGCUGACCUGCGAGAGCUGCAAGGGGUUUUUCAAAAGAACAGUUCAAAACAACAAGAAGUACGUCUGUGCAGAAAACCAGGAGUGCAGAAUUGAUAAAACACACAGGAAACGGUGUCCGUUCUGCAGAUUUCAAAAGUGUCUUCACGUUGGCAUGCAACUGGAAGCUGUUCGUGCAGAUCGUAUGCGAGGUGGCAGAAACAAGUUUGGCCCCAUAUACAAGCAAGAUCGCGCCCUCAAGCAGCAGAGAAAGGCUUUGAUAGAAGCUUGUGGAUUCAGAAGAGAGAGCAGAUCACCUCUGACCUUCUCCCACCCCCAAAGAGUCCCCACCUUCCAACCAGAAUCUGUCCUUCACAGCACCCUGCUGCCCAUUGCACAGACUGACUGCAUCCGCUACCAACCUCCAGCACCAUGUUCACAUCUGCCCUUCCGCUCACCGAGUGCCACUCAGUACCAGUGCUUCUCCUCGAACGCAACAUUCAAGUCAGAGCACACCUGUGCCAGUCCACCAGGCUCUGCUGUAGGAACUUACACCAACUCAGACAAGCUUUACUCAAGCUCCCCACAUGAUCCGAGGAUGCCUCAGCUUGUGAUGGAGUUCUUGCUCUGUGAUCCAGAUGAGCUACAACUCCAGAGUAAGAUCAGCGCAUGUCUUCGGCAGGAGAUGAGUAGCUGGCGGAAACACAGGAUCCCCAGCACUUUCACUCUGAUGUGCCUCAUGGCUGACCAGAUGCUGUUCUCUGUUGUGGAGUGGGCUCGCACAUCUAUCUUCUUCAAACAAAUUAAGGUGAAUGAUCAGAUGAAGUUACUGCACAGCUGCUGGGGUCAACUGUUGAUCCUGGACAUCAUUUCCAGACAGGUCCUGUACGGCAAAGAGGGCAGUCUGCUCCUGGUCACUGGGCAGGAGGUGCAGUUGUCAGAUAUUGCCUCUCCUACUCUAGCCAGCCUGGUCCAGAGAGUACAAGAGCUGAUUGAGAAGCUCCAUAUCCUCAAGGUGGACCGCCAAGAGUUUGCCUGCAUCAAAUUCCUCAUCCUCUUUAACCCGGAUGUGAAAGAACUUGAAGAACACCAGCUCAUAGAGAGUGUGCAGGAGCAGGCUGAAAGAGCCCUGCUGGAAUAUACACUGUGCACCUCUUGUCAGUACCUUCAACGCUUUACCAAUCUGCUCCUGUGUCUCUCUGAGUUACGAUCGCUCAGCACCCUUGCUGAAGACUACCUGUACUGCAGACACCUGAGUGGUGAGGUGCCCUGCAACAACCUGCUCACUGAGAUGCUCAAUUCACAUGUGACCAUAUAAAAGCCUUCAUUUUCCUGUCCAAUACAAUGAGUUAUCACUAGAAAUAACACUUACAAUAUGACUUUUUGGAACGCUUUGAAAAAUCAUAGUUUUACUGUUAAGCACUGGUGGGCAGAGCUGUGUGUAUUUUUCUGUAUGUAUGUACUGUAUAGAAUAAAUGUGAGGUAGAU